UGCUUUUAUCCACACAGCGUACAAAGAAGCUGUGGCUGUGGCCUUGUGCCGUUCGACCGUGACCUUAGCUGCAGACCACAAUGGCUUCUGCAACCCUGAUGCUUUCCUUCUCUCUCAGACUUCCUUCUUCUUUUUCUUCUCCUUCUUCAGUUCGAGUCCCAAAUGAGGUCGUUCAAUUCUCACCCUUUUCCAGGGCUUGCUCUCUGAAGCUGAGCUCUUCUCGUAACAUUUCUGGGUUCGCUCCAAUUCUUCCCCUCAGGCACUCCACACUCAAUUCUCCCUCGCCGAGCCAGCCUUCAUCUCUCACUGUUGUAUCUGCAAAAGGCUACAAAAUGAAAACCCACAAGGCUUCAGCAAAGCGAUUUCGGGUAACGGGUCGUGGAAAGAUAGUGCGGAGGAGAGCCGGGAAGCAGCAUUUGCUGGCAAAGAAGAAUGCAAAGAGGAGAUUGCGCCUCUCAAAAAUGCACCCAGUUAGCCGGAGUGACUACGACAAUGUGAUUGGUGCCUUGCCAUAUCUGAAGGUAAACAGAGAAGCAAAGUAGAUGUGAAGUUCUCAUUUUAUGAGUUUGUUUCCCCCUUAUUUCCUACUCUAUUGUAAAAGACAAGUGCUUGUAAUUGUUCCAUUUUAAUCAAGUUGAGAGUUUGUUCAUAUGCUUUAAUAACAUUGAUUUUGAAGUUCCUUAAA